UCCCUGUGUCUUUUUGCGAUCUCAGAUCAUCCGUUUGUCUGUCUGGGAUGAGUUUCAGCAGUGACAUGGAUGAGGCAGGGGAGGGGAGUACCAGGGAUCCUGAGAGUUUGGAGAUGAAUAAGCUGCGUCAGAGUUUGCGCAGAAAGAAGCCAACCUACGUGCCUGAGGCCAGUCGACCACACCAGUGGCAGGCUGACGAGGAAGCCGUGCGUAAGGGCAAAUGCUGCUUCGCCGUCCGGUAUCUGGGUUUGGUGGAGGUGGAGGAGUCCAGAGGGAUGCAUGUAUGUGAGGAGGCUGUGAAGAAACUGAAAAUGACUGGAAAAAAAUCGGUAAAAGCCAUGCUGUGGGUCUCGGCUGAUGGUCUGAGAGUGGUGGAUGACAAAACCAAGGACCUCAUCGUUGAUCAGACCAUUGAGAAGGUGUCGUUCUGUGCACCGGACCGCAACUAUGACAAGGCGUUCUCUUAUAUCUGCCGGGACGGAACCACUCGCCGCUGGAUGUGCCACUGCUUCAUGGCUCUGAAGGACUCGGGGGAGCGUCUGAGUCAUGCAGUAGGAUGUGCAUUCGCUGCAUGUCUGGAGCGAAAGCAGCGGCGGGAGAAGGAGUGUGGCGUCACGGCUUCGUUUGAUGCCACCCGCACGUCGUUCGUCCGCGAAGGCUCGUUCCGCGUCUCCUCAGCCAGCCAGCAAGGCGAGAAGGAGGACAUCAUGAAGCAGCUGCAGGACAAAAAGAAAGAAGUGUGCACUAUCCCUGCAGUGCCACCAGGUAACGCCUCUCCUCCAGAAGGUGCUGCCACUCAGGUAGAGCGAGCCGAGGCAGGCGGGCCACACGUCAUCCCACGCCGUCAUGCGCCCCUCGAGCAGCUUGUGCGCCAGGGCUCGUUUCGUGGUUUCCCUACGCUCAGCCAGAAAAACUCGCCUUUUAAACGCCAGCUGUCUUUGCGCCUGAACGAGCUGCCGUCUACCCUGCAGCGCAAAACCGACUUUGAGAGCAAGAACCCAGUUCCUGAGAUGGACCUGUCAGUGGCUGCUGAAGCAGACAGCAUCAAUGCACUGUGUAGCCAAAUCAACAGCUCGUUCACCAAACCCUCGGAGGACCUCAGUGGCCAAGCCACCAGCAAUGGCAUGCCAGCAUGCAGCGUUCCUCCUGCCAUCCCUCCUCCACCUGUGCCUCAAGUUACCAGCUCAUGGGUCCAGGCGGAGCCCCCUGUUCAGUCUCCACCUUCAACCGGCCACAGGCGCACUCCAUCGGAAGCUGAACGUUGGCUAGAGGAAGUCUCCAAGGCAGUGAAAGCCCAGCAACAGGCUCCGCCCACCCUGCCACCACCACCUACUCAGCAGCCCCCACCAGUCCCCACUGUACCCAUAGGUCCAGGCUCUCUGCCCACAUCCAUGCAGCCCUUCCCUAUGGCUUUUGACACCACUCCAGCGCCUGUGGGUAUGUACGGCCAGCCACCGCUGCAGCCAGCCUAUGUGCCUAUGCAGCCCUACAUGCCUGCCGUAGCUAACAGCAUGACGUAUCCCAAUGCCAGCAUGCCUGUGGUGGGUAUCACACCUUCGCAGAUGGUGGCAAAUGUCUUCUGCAGUGCCACUGGUUCCACAGGCGGAGGCACUAUCGGGGUUGGUACGGGGCCCAAGACUGGCACACUUUGUGGUGGUCCUUCGACUUUUCCUAACCUGUCUGGGGGCUUUGCUAGUGCUACAUUCAGCAACCAACCAGCCUCCCAUGGGCUUGCACAAAACUCACUCCCCUCCACCACCACUGUGGCUUCCACCUGCGUGACACAGAAUGGCACCAUGACGAGUGGGAGUGGUAGUACCAACAACUGGCCAAUGGAGGGUCUACAGCAGUCCAGUCUCCCGGAUGAUGCCCAGGAAGCAGAGCGCUUUGAGGCCAAGUGGGCAGCUCUGGAGUCCAAAUCACAAACCAAGGCACCCAACCCUUUCUCCAACGAUUUACAAAAGACCUUUGAAAUCGAGCUAUAAUUGCAAAUAUAUAGACCUUGAAACGAGUAUUAAAAUCCCACAUCCUGUUGCUUCUGGCUUCUGUUUGUUCUCCUCUUUUGUUGCUCUCACAUUUGCACCUGCUCUUCAGGACUCUGUAGACAACUGACCAAUUUGUUCUGUCAUUCCAAGUGACUCUUGAUGUGGGAACAUGAGCGCAUCCUAGAACCCAACACUUAAUUUUAAAGAAUGGAACGUCGUCUUGGUUUGAGCUUGCUGUUCCUGCAAUGGCCCAGUGAAGUGAAUCACAUGACCUUCGACCUGUAAAAGGAGCAAAUGACUGAUUAUGAUGCGGCCAAAAAAGUUUAUUUAUUUCUUCAUUUGGUUGUGAAAAAGAUUUUAAAUCUAAUUUUUACUCAUUGGAUUUGUUGUUUCCCUGUAUUUAUUUUACAUCAACCCUCUGUGGCAGAAGAGCACGUAUAAUUUGGGAGUACAGAGAAGCUCUGACUCACGAGACGAGAACAGAGGCUGCAUGAUCGAAAACUUGCUAAUGGAACUGCUAGUAAAUGGGAGUGUAAAUAGCAUGUUGUUUUUCUUACCUCUUAUUUAUCACCCUGUUUGUGGAUGCUAAUUAUUAUUCCAGCCCUGUGAGUCACAGCUGAAGCAUCAUAUCGGCACCUUGCCAACAACACAUGGACAUCAAACUGAGAGGCUGAUUAUGCUGAUAAAUCUCUUAGCACAAAGAGAUUCAGAGAUCAUUUCUAAUUGACAUCAGGGCCCCGGCAGUGUAGUAGGAGAAGAGUCUAAAACCCAACGGUGAAAAUGUGCCUGUUUAGACUUGAGCCUGAUUUUCAGUCAGGACUUCAUGUCUGAAUAAAUAACAUGGCCUUGACAACCUGUAGGUACAUGAAAGCCUGGUAUUGUUGCAUUGACGAUACAAUUUGUUCGGGUAUUUUUUCCACAGACAAGGACAUACAUUUGAAAAUUAUGUGAAAAAGAUCACGCUCCUAGGGUGAACACUCAAUGUCAUUUUUCCUAUAAUUGGAUUUGGAGAGUUUGGGUUGAAGCCGAUGGGCACAAAGGGAAAACGCAAAGUGUAUUCUGUUGGAAAGUGAGGAAGAAAUCAGCAAGGAGGCCCUGAUGUGAAAAAUGUACGUGGGAUCAUUUCUGAGGAUGGGAGAGGUGAGUGAUGUCGGAGAGCAAUGUUGUGAUGUGAUGGAUGGAGUUGAAAAGAUCGAAUUGUUUCCAGAAAACUUUGAGCAUGAAGGACUAGACAUGGAUUAGAAGUCCUGGAAUCAUGAACAGCAGUGUUUGAUAUGAUGCCCGCUUGUUCACGAUAUAUUCUUUUAAUUCUGUUAUCAUAAGAAUAUACAGUACAUACAAUAUGUUUACUGGCUUUUGAACUAUUUUUAAUUUUAUUUUUGAACUAUUCAUCCUGGAAAAUAAAUAAAUAAACUAAUAAUCAUAUAUCAAAUCAAAAGCUAAAAUAUACUCAGCAAUGUACAUGCUCUGAACAGUAAGUAUUUUCGUCACCAAAGCCGGCCUCGCCAUUUAUCUGUCCAGGGAUCCUUCAUUCCAGUGCAUCACACAUUUCUGUGUAUAUUUUUCUACUGAUGCAGCUCUCACUCUGCAAUAAUGCUCCAUGCUUUCUGGUAGUUUUGUUAUUCUAAAGUGAUUUAAAUGGACACGGAUCUCAGCGUAGCUCCGUGGCGUGUUCUGAUUGAACAUGCUGAGUGAUUGGAUUUGAUCGGACUCCAGCGUCUGGAGUUUCUCAGUGAGGAGGAUAAAAGCUAGAUAUUCAAAGCCAGACUGCACACUGUGCUAUAUGGAACACUGAAGAUAAUAAUAAUAACAACAAUAAUAAUAAUACAAAGGACAGGCACAAUAUAUUUCCAAAUUGGUUCACUAAGACCACACAGUUCGCGCAUCACAAAUUUGGUUGAUUUCCAUCCAGUGUAUUGUUGAUCACCACCCGGGGCGCCGCCAGAAAUUUUGGGCCCCAUGAAAGAUUAGAAUUUUGGGCCCCCCAACUUUGCCCACCCUCGUCACAAUUGCAAGGAAACAUCUUAUUAUAAAUUUAUUUCAAAGUGACACGGAGUGACAUUUCAAUUUGAUCAAUUACGUACGUAUUUCUUCAUAUGUUGUAACCUCUAUCCCUCUUUUAUGUGUGCUGAGCUUUCUACAGCUCCUCAAUUUGAAACCAAUGGUUUAGAACGUGUGAACAUUCCACACACGUAACCAUGUCAAACACUUGACUGGUGUCCGUUAUUAGCAACACUUUAAUCUAGCAAACUGUAUAUGGCGCUCGCUCAUUAAAAACUUCAGUCCUAAAGCAUUUAUGGGUUGUAUUGCUGCUUACCUCCUUCUCCAAAGGGGGGUUCAGUGGUUUGGUAGGGCGGAGGUCCCCCUGAGGCUGAAUCUGUGCAUAUUUAGGGCACCCCAUUAGUUAUGAAACUGGUUAUUAGCACUAGUUAUUAGCACCAGCAUAACGUAAUAUUUCAUCUUGUUUAUCACACAAGUCAGUUCAGUUAUUAAAAUGGAAAAAAUGUCACUGUACAAACUGUAAAAGUGUUCUCUUGAUAGGCUAAUCCAACCACGUUCAUACUGUUCAUUUACCAUUCGCUAAUAUUUUGAACACACAUGUGAGCGAUAGCUACCUUUCUUUGGGAAAAACUGAGUGACCAGUUGGCUGCCUCUCCGGUCCCUCUCAGCUUUCAGCUGCCUUUCUUUACGUUUUUGACAGCCACUCUUCAUAUUUAGCGAUCAUAGACUGUACGCAUUCCACUGCUGGCUGGCUGGCUGGCUGCAUUGCACUGAUCAGCACACAGAUUUAACGUAUCGCGCGUCUACCAGAACUGGACCGUACCAUUUUGCAAAAGGGGGAGGGUUAAAUGACAAUAUGUUGAAGAACUCAAGAAAUAGACAACCUUGUUCAAUUAGUUCAUUUGACCAGAUGGAAUAUUGCAUUGUUGUUAUUUCAAAAGUCUUAUUAAAAUCAUUAAAAGCAUAUUAUCAGCCUCUUAAAGGGCCCCAUGGCAGUGCUGGGCCCCUAGAAUUGUUCUAACCUUUCCCUCCCUGGCGGCGCCCAUGAUCACCACUAAUACCACUAAUAUACAGGGUUACCGGAGCCUGUUGAGGCUGCAAAAUGGGUUCUAUUUCAAUUUUCCCAAAGCAAACGUGUUUGCAAUAUGGCCUCGCAGCAGAAACUUCCCUCCUUAAUGAGUUUAUCUUUGAUCUGUGCUCUGUAUCUCUGUAUCUUAUGUAUAAAGAUGCCAGGAUGAAUCGAUCCAACUGAUGACCCUGGGCUCGAGACCACACGUCCCCACAAAAACAUAGAUCUCUUUUGGAAAAGAAGGAAACUAAAUUACCUCAUAAACGUGAUUGUAAACUGUAAUCUAGUGAUAAGAAAAACAGUGGAGUUUAUUUUUAAUCUUUAUUUACAGAGUUUUGUAU